AUGACUAUGAUGGCUGGAUCAGGCAUCCCAAACUGGUACCCCUACAUCAAUUAUAUGUUCCUAGAGCUAUAUCUAAGAAAGAAUCCGAUCAGCUGCUACACCCAAGGCACUUUCAUCAUCCAGAGAUAUCGUGUUGUCAGUCGUCUUGGUUACGGGAGCUUCGGCACUGUGUUCAAAGUUCAUGAUUCUUCCGAAAACGAUGCACUCCAAGCAGCAAAGGUGGCUCGCAAAGAAGACGACAAUACUGGAAAGUUUGAGACGGAGGUUGCCGCGUUGAAGAAGUGCAUUGGUCUCGUCCAUUGGCCCCAGAUGUCCAACUACUUUGAAACCAAAAGCUACCGGAUUAUCAUUCUGAGCCUCGAAGGCGAAUCCAUAAAUGAUAUAUUAUCACGUAAAAACAACAAAGUCUUCACCAACGAUAACUGCCUUCGGAUCUCCUUCGCGCUCACAAAAGCUCUUCAUAGUCUUCACGGAAUCGGAUACCUUCAUCGAGAUAUUAAUGAUAACAAUGUUAUGAUCAAAAAAGUGGGAAAGGAGGUGGUUGUCCGGGUCAUCGACUUGGGAAACUCCGCACCGUGCCACCCUCGUCAGAAAUGCGACUUUCACACUUACACGACCAGCUAUCAUGUCACGAUAGGGAAGGAGUACUGUGAACGAGAUGAUCUGGUUUCCGCGAUGUAUCUUAUGUCUGAUGUCGCCGGUGCUCAAAUUUUCGACACCGCCAAGUACUCUUUUGAUGCCUCCAAGAAACGCUUCCAUGCAUCUCCAACUUCAUUUUUCUCGGGAGAACAGAAGUGGAUGGGUCAGCUGAUUGAGAUGUUUGACACGAUGGAAUGGAAUGAGAAGAAACCAGACAUGACACGAAUCUGGAAACAGUAUGAGCAGUCUAUUCCUGAGGUGUCCCCGACGUCACCAAUCAAAUACAAGGAUAUCGAUAAUGUGAUUGUCAUCGAUUAG